GGUGUCCACAAGUUGCUGUCAGUCAGAAGGCCACACCAUCCGAGAUGGGCUCCUCUCGGGCACCCCAGAUGGGGCGUGUGGGAGGGCAAGGGAUGAUGGCAUUGUUGCUGGCUGGUCUCCUCCUGCCAGGAACUUUGGCUAAGAGCAUCGGGACUCUCUCAGACCCCUGUAAGGACCCCACACGAAUCACUUCUCCGAACAACCCAUGUCUCAUUGGAAAGGGUGGCUCCAGCAGCUUCAGCAGCCAUGGUGGCUCCAGCAGCUUCAGUAGCCAUGGUGGCUCCAGCAGCUUCAGCAGCCAUGGUGGCUCCAGCAGCUUCAGCAACUCCAUUUCCAGUUCCAGUGGCUCCAGUGGUAGCUCCAGUGGUGGCUCCAGUGGUUCUAGUAUCUCCAGUGGUGACUCCAGUGGUGGCUCCAGUGGUGGCUCCAGUGGAUCCAGUUCCUCCCAGGGUGGUUCUCCAGGAUCUGCAUUAUUUAAUCCAGGAUCAGGGUAUCCCAGAGGACCAGGAAAUGGCUCAGCUCUACCAGUCAAUGAUAAAUCUCACUUGACAUCAGGCUCUUCCCAGUCUGGAGGAAGCUCUUCCUUUUCCCAAACCUCUGGGAUGUCCAGCAGCAGCAGUCAAAGCAGCAGCUCCAACCUGCAUCCCUGUAGUGCAGAUGUCCCCGACUCUCCCUGCAGUGGGGGACCCAUUGUCUCACAUUCUGGCCCCUAUAUCUCCAGUUCCCACUCUGUGUCAGGAGGGCAGAGGCCUGUAGUGGUGGUAGUGGAGCAGCAUGGCUCUGGUGGCCCUGGAGUGAUUCAAGGUAACCCCUGUAGCAAUGGUGGUCUCCCAGGCAAACCCUGCCCCCCCAUCACCUCUGUACAGCAAUCCUAUGGUGGCUAUGAGGUGGUGGGUGGCUCCUCUGACAGUUAUCUGGUCCCAGGCAUGACCUAUAGCAAGGGUAAAAUCUACCCUGUGGGCUACUUCACCAAAGAUAACCCUGUCAAGGGCUCUCCAGGGUCCCCAUCCUUUGCAGCUGGGCCCCCCAUCUCAGAGGGAAAAUACUUUUCCAGCAACCCCAUCAUACCCAGCCAUGGCUCCUCUAGUUCCAACACAUACCCGUCAGGCACUUCCUCAGCCAUUGUAUUCCAGCCUGUGGGCUCUGGUGGGGUCCAGCCCUGUGGAGCUGGUUUCACAGGAUCUAAGGGGCCCUGCUCCCUUUCUGGUUCUGGAGUGCACGUCAGUUCUAGCAUAUCCAGCAGUUCCGGUUCAUCCUACCACCCCUGCAGUGGUGUUUCCCAGGGUCCCUGCUCCCCACCAGGCACUGGCUCCUUCGGUGGCAGCUCCAGCUCCAGCUCCAGCUCCAGCUCCCUAUCCAGUGGAAAAAUCAUCCUUCAGCCCUGCAGCAUCAAGUCCAGCUCUUCCGGUCACCCCUGCAUUUCUGUUUCCUCCUCAACAUUGAGUGGGGGUCCUGAUGGCUCUCCUCAACCUGAUCCCUCUGCUGGUGCCAAGCCCUGUGGCCUCGGCAGCCCUGGAAGGAUUCCUUGCCGCUCUAUCCGGGACAUCCUGGCCCAUGUGAAGCCUCUGGGGCCCCAGCUAGCUGACCCUGAAGUUUUCCUACCCCAGGGAGAGCUACUUGACAGUCCAUAAGACAGUUUUUUGUACAUGCAUGUACGGGCACACACAAAUAUAUAUGCCGUCUCCCAGUUGGGAGACAUCCAGGGGUCCAGGGGUCCAGCUCAUAUCCUCUCCUUGGUCCCAAGAGAGCUGCUUUACUUCCUCCAUUAUGCCAGUGUUGUAGACUCUCCCUUAUCACCUCUUCUUUCUUCAUCUCCUAUGACUCACUGGCCCAAAUGGUAGACUCCAAAUCCCUUUCCUCAUUCUCUUCUACUGCUUAGAUUCCAUUCUACUGCAGUGUCAUUUCUACAGAUCACCACCCUUUAAAGUUUCCUUGGCCAUUUCUUUGAGAUGGUUCAUUGACUUAACCCACCUACUAAGGUUCUUGACUGGGAACCCCUGAACUCUGAUGCUUGGGCAAGUCAUUCCUUCUUCUCUUCCUUGGCCAAAUAAAGCAAAGUCCAAAUUGUUACCAGAAAAUAAUGACCAUGUUUCACUGACCUCUGUUCACCAUCUGCUCAACCAGCCACUGGAUUCUGGCUCCCAACUCACCUGCACCGUCCAACAUGAUGCUGUUUCCUGCACAUCCUUUGCCUUUCAAAGUCUCCAUCUCAGUCCUCUCCCUGGCUGUCACUUCUCUCAGUGCUCAGAUGCUGCCCUGAGUGAGACACCAGGGCAUCUACUGAGACUGGAGCAGUGUCCUUGUUCUCUCUAGAUCCUGGACAUGGCUCAAUAAACUGUGUGAACUUGA